CCAUAUACCUAGCACGCUAUUCUUAUUUACCCUCAAUGCCCAUCCCGAGCGAGCCAUGCGAAAAGCCGCGAGUUCUCGUGUGACAAACCCAGAGUGAAGAUGCCACGCGUUAUGUAACCCCCCUACCCCCAGCAGUCCAGGGCCCACUACCUACCGUACUCUAGAGUAGACUACUGGUGGGGGUGGAAGGAAGUUCGGAAGCUGUAGGCAAGGAAGGAAGCGCGCAGCUACCCACCACCACGACCACCAACUACUUCCUAUUACCUACUACCGCAUGCGCAACCACCGCCUGCUGCUGCAGCAACGACAAAUUCGAUAAACGUGUUCACAUCUUUCCUCUGCGUGUCCUCGGGCGGAGCGUUUCAUCCUGAGCGGGAACCCGCACGGCACUGCACUGCACGGCACGAUGAAUUUCCUACAAAAAGGGCUUGCGGGCCUCGAGAGUCGGCUCGACAAAGUUCUUCUCGACGACGGCGGCAGCGGCAGCAGCAAUAACGUGGUCACCGCACAGCCGGCCAGGAACACAAUGAUGCAAGUACAAGCGGAGGCGGCGCCGCGGCGGGGCAGCGGCGAGAGCGUCCGACGGAGCGGCGAGUCGGCGCGCGGAAACAUGGCGGAGCGGCUGGCGGCCGUGGUUGCGGCCAAGAGCGUGGGCGGGAGGAGUGGGAGUCCGGCGGCGAAGAAGAAGACACCGACACCGCCGCCGCCGCCGCCGCCGCCGCCGCCAGGCGUGGAGGAGAAAGCCGCCGCCCCCGAAGCAAAAACGAAUGGAACAGCUGUGCGAGACGCUCCCACGCCGCCACCGCCGCUACUCCCCGACGUCGACGUCGACGACGACGAUUCGCGAGACCCCGAACAGCUCCUGGCUACGAUAUCGCUGCUGCGCCAAGACCUGGCGACGUGCGAACUCCGCCGUCAGGAAGAGAGUGUCGCUGCUUCGGAACGGAUCGACGCGCUGAGCGAGAAGGUGCGCUACCUGUCGCAGGAAUCUGCUGCUGCUGCGGCUCGCGAGCGAGGGAGCGCUGCUACUCCUGCGGAACGGAAGAUCUCGGAGAAGGAUGAGAAGAUUGCUCUGCUCAUUGAGGAGGGGGAGAGGCUGUCUAGGGGUGAAUUGGAGUUGAGGACUACCAUCAAGAAAUUGAGGGUCCAGGCGAGGGAGAGUACGGAAUUGAAGAAGAAGUUGGAGGUGGCAGAGAGAAAGUGUGCCGAGGAGAGGGAGAAGGCGAGGGCAACUGCCGAGGCGGAGAAGAAGGCGCUGGAGAAGGUCAAGGUGCUCGUGAAGGUGGAGAGCGAGGUCGAUGGGUUGAGGAGGGAUAAAGAGGCACUGGCAGCCGAGGUUAGGGGAUUCAAAGAGCAAUUGGGAGAACAGGCCAAAAGGACGGCGGACGCGGAAGGCAGAGUUCAGGACGAAGCGCUGGAGAACGAGAGGAAGGCAACGCUAGAGCUACUGGCACAGAUCGAACGAGUGCGGAGCGAGGCAGCUAUGGUGGAAGAAAGGCUGAAGGGUGAAAUCGAGGAUCUGAAGACUAAGGCCGAAAGGAUCUCGGAAAAAGCACGCAGGAGGGAGAUGGAGAUGAAGGCGGAGCUCACGGUAAUGGAGGGAAAGAUGGAGGCGUUGCGGGGAAGAGUCGAAGAAGCUUCAUCUGGCUCUGCAGGAGAUGCACACGCAAAAUUAUUGCGACAGGUCGAGACCUUGCAGACACAGUAUUCUAUUGCCAGCGAGAACUGGCAAGGCAUCGAGGGCAGCCUGCUGGCCAGAGUAGCGAGCCUGGAGAAAGAGCGUGACGAUUUAUCAAGGAAGGAGGGUGAUAUCCGUCGCAAAGCACGAGAGAUGAACCUCAAAUGCAAAACUCUCGAAUCCGACAUGGAGACAAUGCGCUCCCAGCUAAAAGACCUCGAGUCCGACCUUGCCUCGGCCAACGAACUCACAGCAACCCUCCGCACCCGCCUUAACGCGGCUGAAUCCGCAUCCGACUCUCUAACCGCUGCCCACCGCGCCGAGCGUACCGCCUGGGAGCAAGAACUGCAAACCCGCAUUCAGCAAGAACGCAUUAAAUGGGAAGAAACCACGAUCCCAACAACGCUUACCCCUGCUACAAGCACCAACUCUCCCCCUCCAGUCUUCAGCCCUUUCCGUUCAAAUCCGCCAGCCGCAGGCUCAACCACGGAAUCAUAUUUCCUCGGUUACUCCCAGCCGAUGCGCAAAUCCACUAGCCGCACACCAUCCAUUGAUCCUCCACGCAGCAGCGGCGGCUUCAAAACCCCACCAGUACGCUCAGACAGUUUCCCAUACCUCAACACGUCGCUGCCUUCCGGUGAUGUCGACGACUACUUCGACGGCAUGAACACGCCAUCCUCUCCGCACCGCCACCCGGACCUUGUCUCCGUGUCCACCGUUGCCGCCGGACCUUCCGUCCAACUCGUCGAGCGGAUGUCCGCCGCCGUCCGGCGGCUCGAAAGUGAGAUGGCAGCGAGCAGGGAAGAGCUAGGCCGUGUCGUCUCGCAGCGCGACGAAGCACGCGCGGAAAUGGUCGAGCUCAUGCGCGAAGUCGAGGCCAAGCGGAGUGCCGAAGCCCGCGUUCAAACGCUCGAGAGCGAAGUCGCCGAUGCUAAGAUGCGGCUCGAGACUACGCUGGAGAUGCUCGGUGAGCGCGAGGAGCGCGUCGGCGAGCUGUGCCAGGACGUCGAUGAUCUCAAGGCGAUGUAUAGAGAGCUCGUGUUGGCUACGAGUGGAGGGAAAUAGGUGCAUUGUCAUUGUGGUUUGCGUGUUGUUUUUUUUGCGUCGGCUGGCGUUGUUAUUUUACCUGUGCUAUCUUUGCUUAUGGGCCGUUACUUCUUGCUGGGAAUAUGGGACGAUUGAAAUGAAGUACAUACGGUCACGUCUCUAAGCGUUGAGCAAAACAUACCUAUGAGUCGUUUCAAACCUGGAACUCUGCACUCGAGUCCGAGUGAGCUAACCCUCCACCACUAUGUACUAAACCUCCACAAUCACGCACGUGCUUCAUACUUUUGAGGGUAGGUACACGACCAGACUUGGUGGACCUACCGUUUCCGCGAUUGAGGUAAUAGGGCG